AUGGUUCCAACAAGAAGAGCUCUUCUAGCUACAGGUCUGCUGCUUGUCGCAGAGACCUCAGCCCAACUCGACAAUUCCGAGCAGGCUUUCGAUACUCUUCAAGAAUGGUAUGAUACCGGCACCGGCUUAUGGGAUACCGCUGGAUGGUGGAAUGGUGCAAACUCGUUCACAGUUGUGGCUGAGUUAGCACAAGCUGCUCAAUCGCAGAACGACUCGUCCGUUCUGCAGUCAGCCACGGAAAUCUUUACAAACACCUGGACCGUUGCUCCAUCAGCAAACCCAAACACGGACGACUCAGUUAAGACCAACUACGAUUCCAGCGACCCUGCAGUCUGGGGAGGCGGAUCAUAUGAUGACAACGGAUGGUGGGCUUUGGCAUGGAUCGCAGCGUACGAUGUUACCAAUAAUAAUACAUACUUGGAGUUGGCCCAGGGUAUCUUCGAUGGUUUGACUACAGAUGCUUGGGGAACGAGUUGCGGUAACGCCGGAGUGUACUGGAACUCAGACCAUCAAUACGUCAAUGCCAUCACUAACGAGCUGUUCCUUUCCAUCGCUGCACAUCUUGCCAAUCGUGUGCCUAGUAACUCAUCUUACUACGUUGAUUGGGCACAAAAAGAAUGGAAUUGGUUUGCUACCAGUGGCAUGAUCAACUCGAAUAACACUAUUAACGAUGGACUGACUGACUCGUGCACAAACAAUGGACAAACGACUUGGUCCUAUAACCAAGGAGUUGUUCUUGGUGGUCUAGUCGAACUCAACAAGGCCUCCCCCAACCAGUCAUAUAUUGACUCCGCCAACACUAUUGCCCAAGCAGCCAUCAGUGCCCUCACCGACUCCAACAACGUCAUCCACGACUCCUGUGAACCUGAUUGUGCCCCCGAUGCGACCCAGUUCAAGGGCAUCUUCAUCCGCAACUUGUUGAUGUUGCAACAGGCCUCACCGAAUGACCAAUAUACCACUGUUAUUCAGUCUUGCGCCGACAGUAUCUGGGCUAAUGACCGGGAUGACAGCACCAACCAGUUGAGUGUCAACUGGGCAGGGCCAUUUGUCAGCCCAGCCAACUCAUCCACACACAGCUCGGCCAUGGACGCGCUGGUCGCGGCUAUUUCUCUCUAA